UUCCGCCCCUGGUGUGAGAGACAAACUGGCAGCCAUAAGAGGUCUGGGAGAAGUGGGUGGAGUGUCUGCCAUGCCUCUACAACCCUGGGCCUGAAGAAACAGGAACAGCAACUGGUUCCAUUCACAGGUCGCUGUCUUUUCCGGCAGUAUAUGCCCAGCAAGCCAGCAAAGUAUGGCAUCAAGAUAUGGGUGGCCUGUGACGCACAAUCCAGCUACGCUUGGAAGAUGCAAGUCUACACAGGGAUACCGUUCAGUGGAGGCCCGGAGAAGAACCAGGGGAUGCGGGUUGUGCUUGAUGUGACAGAUGGACUGAUGGGGCACAAUGUCACGUGUGACAAUUUCUUCACCUCUUAUGAACUCAGCCAGCAGCUCCUGAAGAGGAAGAUCACCAUGGUUGGCACAGUUAGAAAGAACAAGCCUGAGCUCCCCCCUGCACUCCUUGCAACAAGGGGGAGAGAUGCCUUCUCAUCAAAGUUUGCCUUCACCCCCACCACCACUCAAGUUUCUUACCUCCCAAAGAGGAACAAGAAUGUGGUCCUCCUGAGCACACUGCACAAAAUGGCUGAGAUCAAUGAUCGUGAGGGCAGGAAGCCAGCCAUCAUCCUGGACUACAACCACAACAAAGGAGGAGUGGACAACCUGGACAAGGUGAUUGGAAUUUACAGCUUCAGGAGGAUGACUGCCCGCUGGCCCCUGGUUAUCUUCCAUAACAUCAUUGAUGUGUCCUCAUACAAUGCCUUCGUGAAUGGAACAAGAUCAACCCUACCUGGAUGCCUGAUAAGCGGAACAAGAGGAGGGUGUUCCUGGAGCAGCUGGGAAAGGCACUUAUAACCCCACACAU